UUUCUGUUUACAUUCGCUGUUGAUCAUGUCUUCCAUGCGAUAAUGAUGAUAAAAUCAAAUUUUUAUUCGAUCAAUUUCAAUUCGAAAAAAAAUCAGCAAUGUCAUUCACUUUGAAUGGUCAUAUUUAUCUUCCAUUGGCUGUAGCAUCCUUAAAUUGUAUUCUAUUUUUCAUUGCCAUUAUAUCAUUAUUUUUACGAGAUGCUAAUCAUCAACCCGAUUGGUUACGAUGUGUAUUGGCAAUUUUGAUUCCCGGUUUAAUGGCAUAUCGUGGUCUAAAGCGGAAAACAAUCGAUUAUAGUGGAGCUGUAGCCGGCAUCAUUAUUGGCAUGUCAAUGAUAUUGUCAAGUUAUAUCGGUAUGGUUGCAUUGAUAACCUGUUAUUUAGCUGCAUCAAAAGCAACCAGAUUUGGUGAAGAUAUCAAAAGACAAUUUGAACCAAAUUUUAAGAAUGGUGGCCAAAGAAAUUGGAUACAAGUGAUCAGCAAUUUAGGUGCUGCAAAUAUUGCCUUAUUAUUACGUUUAAUUUGGUUUGGUGUUGGUGAAAUUCGUUUGGAUUUUUUACAUAGUGAAAAUUAUUGGAAUUCAUGGUUGCUACUUUCAUCAUUGAUUUCAAUAUCAGCUGCAUUGGGUGAUACAUUUAGUUCAGAAUUGGGUCCAGUGUUUUCUGGACCGAACACUGAACCAUUAUUGAUAACAACAUUACGUCGUGUACCACGUGGAACAAAUGGUGGUGUGACUAUCGAUGGAUUUGUAGCCGCAUGUAUCGGUGGAUUCAUUAUCGGUCUUUGUAGUUAUCUAUCAAUCAUACUAUUCAUACCGACUACUGGCCAUUGGGCACACACCACUUCACAUCAAAUAACAUGGUCAACACCACAAUGGCCAUUAUUACAUUUUUGUCUUUACAGUGGAUUAUUGGGUUCAGCAUUAGAUUCAUUAAUGGGUGCCACAUUACAAUAUACCGGCUAUGAUCAUCGUCGUCGUCGUAUUGUCGAAUGUGAACAACAAAUUGAUCCAUUUGGAUCAACAUUAUCAUCAUCAUCUUGUGAUCAAUCUGGAUCGAAUCUGGAACAUAUUACCGGUAAAGAUAUAUUGGAUAAUCAUGAAGUAAAUCUAUUAAUGACAAUCAUAAUGGCUACUAUUGUUCCAUUGAUUAUAAUGCCAUUAUGGCCAUUUGGUUUUGGUGAUUCAUAUUGAGCAACCUUUGACCUUUUUUUUAAUUUAUAUCAAUUUUUAUACAAUUGUAUGUCCUAGUUGUUAUUCUGUUAUUAUGAAUGAGAUUAAUAAAAUAAAAUUUGGCAUGUCACAGGUUA